UGUAAUCUUAUUUAUCUAUACUUAGUAUUUUAUAAAUAACCAAAAUAAUGUUGACUACUAAGAUUAAUAGAGUUGCUGCAAGAGCUGCAUUUUACUCCAUCAGGGCCUACUCAUCCCUUCCUCUUUCGGUUACUAUUAACCUCCCAAACGGUACCUCUUAUGAACAACCAACUGGUCUUUUCAUUAACAACGAGUUUGUGAUUCCUAAGCAAAAGAAGACUUUCGAAGUUCUUUCCCCAUCUACCGAAGAAGAAAUCACCCACGUUUAUGAAGCCAGAGAAGAAGAUAUCGAUGCUGCUGUCGAUGCCGCUCAAACUGCAUUCAACUCUGACUGGUCUCACGGUGAACCAGCUCACAGAGUUGCUGUUCUUAACAAGUUGGCUGACUUGAUUGAAGCCAACGCCGAAACUUUGGCUCACAUUGAAAGUUUGGACAAUGGUAAGUCUUUGAUUUGUUCCAGAGGUGAUGUUGCAUUAUCUGCCCAAUGUAUCAGAUCUGCCGCUGGUUGGGCUGACAAGGUUGAUGGUUCCGUUGUUGAAACUGGUUCCUCUCACUUUAACUACACCAGAAGAGAACCUCUUGGUGUUUGUGGUCAAAUUAUUCCAUGGAACUUCCCACUUCUUAUGUUUGCAUGGAAGAUUGCUCCAGCUUUAGCUACUGGUAACACCGUUGUCUUGAAGUCUGCCGAAUCUACUCCUUUGUCCGCUUUGUACAUGGCUACUUUGAUCAAGGAAGCUGGUAUUCCUGCAGGUGUCGUUAACAUUGUCUCUGGUUUCGGUAAGAUUGCCGGUGAAGCCAUUGCCACCCAUCAAAGAAUCAAGAAGGUUGCCUUCACUGGUUCUACCGCUACUGGUCGUCAUAUCAUGAAGGCUGCUGCUGAAUCUAACUUGAAGAAGGUCACUUUGGAAUUAGGUGGUAAGUCUCCAAACAUCGUUUUCAAUGAUGCUGAUGUUUCUAAGGCUGUUCAAAGUUUGGUUCUUGGUAUCUUCUACAACACUGGUGAAGUUUGUUGUGCUGGUUCUAGAAUUUACGUUCAAGAAGAAGUUUACGAUGAAGUUCUUGCUGAAUUCAAGAAGGCUGCUGAAAACAUUAAGAUUGGUAACCCAUUCGAAAACGAUACUUUCAUGGGUGCUCAAGUUUCCGUUGCUCAAAUGGACAAGAUCUUGAAGUAUGUUGAAAUUGGUAAGAACCAAGGUGCUACUUUAGUUUCUGGUGGUGAAAGAUUUGGUGACAAGGGUUACUUUAUUAAGCCAACUAUUUUCGGUGAUGUUACUGAUGACAUGGCCAUUGUUAAGGAAGAAAUCUUUGGUCCAGUUGUUACCAUUUCUAAGUUUAAGACUGUUGAUGACGCUGUUACCAUUGCCAACAACUCUAACUACGGUUUAGCUGCUGGUGUCCACACUACUGACAUCAACAAGGCUAUUAGUGUUUCUAACAGAAUCAGAGCUGGUACUAUCUGGGUUAACACUUACAACGAUUUCCACCAAAAUGUUCCAUUCGGUGGAUACGGAGAAUCCGGAUUCGGAAGAGAAAUGGGUGCUGCUUCUUUGGACAACUACACCCAAGUUAAGGCUGUCAGAAUCGCUCUUACCAAGACCAACUAAAUGUAUAGGUCCUUUGGGAGAGUUAUAUGUAUGUACGACAUCAUGAGUAAAACAAA